AAUGAUUGUGCAGAGUUGUGACAGGCGCUUCCUGUGCGGUGGUUUUGCAGAGAGGAGGUCGUCGUCGUCUUCUUCUUCUUCUUCCCCUUUCUGAACCGUCAGACGCAGCGAGCAGAUUAAGGAUCCGGAGCGGCCAAGGCUUGAUCACGAUGACUGAGCAGGAGGCAGUCGCCCAUGACCUGGAGGAUGACGAUGAGUUGGAUGGAAAGCUGAACUACAAACCUCCACCUCAGAAGUCACUUCAGGAAAUCCAGGAGCUGGACAAGGACGACGAAAGCUUAGCCAAAUACAAGAAGUCAUUGCUGGGGGAAGUGCCAGUAGUCACAGACCCAUCAGCUCCAAAUGUCACCGUAACACGUCUCACAUUAGUCUGCGCAGCGGCGCCCGGGCCCAUUACAAUGGAUCUGACUGGAGACCUGACAAACCUGAAAAAGGAAACAUUUGCUUUGAAAGAAGGAGUAGAAUACAAAGUGAAAAUCCACUUUAAAGUAAAUAAGGAGAUAGUCUCUGGUCUGAAGUACGUGCAGAACACAUAUAGGGCCGGAGUGAAAGUUGCUAAAGCCACGUUUAUGGUGGGAAGCUACGGCCCUCGACCUGAAGAAUAUGAGUUCUUGACCCCCAUAGAAGAAGCUCCGAAGGGAAUGUUGGCUCGAGGAACCUAUCACAACAAGUCGCUCUUCACUGACGAUGACAACCACAACCAUCUAACCUGGGAGUGGAACCUGUCCAUCCGCAAGGAGUGGAACGAAUAAAAUACCGCACUGUACCGUCACACUGAAUAUAAUGCUGCAGUGGUACUCCGAGGAAACCGGCCAAACAGAUGACCACUGUAGCUUCCUGGUGCACUUCAUGAUGCUCUGGGUCUCCUGCUCCACUACACACAUAUUAAAAAUCUUGUCUGCCCGUGGCCACCACCAGGGGGCGAGCUAGCUGCAGUUCAUAACCAUGGGAGCUUAUGCAACUGUGCAGAGAUCGCCACCUAGUGGUGGCCACAGGCAACUGAGGAUUUAAGAAGUCUGAAUGGAAGAGCAGAGGAGGAGCGCUGUAUACUGAGGAAGCGGAGCAGCAGAGUCUUAUGAAGUCUAUCAGGAAGAUGCUCCAAAUUAUUCCUGCUCUUUGUUUCUUGUAGCAGUGGGCACCCUUUAAAUAUUGCAUGCAAGUACCUGCAUCCCCCUCCCCCAGCAAAGCCCAGAACCUGAGAUGACAGGCCAACGUGUGUUACCCGGAGUCACCCACUAGUGACAGCCUGCACAUUUCUAGAGGGUCCGCGAGGUCAUCUCCUGUGUCAUGUGCCCCUAUAUGUCCUUAUGUUGUAGGUUUAUGGUCCCCGUUUCAGAUGAAUGGACCCCUCCCCCCGCUCUAUAUAACAAUGUAUCUGGUCGGUCAGGGAAUAAAUUCUGAGAGCGCCAUCUAGGGGAGACCAGAGAGAUUGUCACUUCCCUCCCCCUCGGAGGAGGGAUUUCCUGGGUGCCCUCCUCUGAGGAUCCUGGUGCUGGGGGCGUUCCCUCUACCCUUGGCGCCGUAUGUCUAGUCCUGUUAUAAAGAUUACAGAUGAAUUACAAUGUAUCCGCUGCUUCUUCGCCUCAGUGUUAGAUUUCGCCUGCUGCUUGCACACGACCCCUGGAGUAUACGGUGCAGAGCUUAUAUACUGGAGGAGGAGGAGGAUGGGGAUUAUCUCAUAUUAAUGUAAUAAAUAAUCACCAGCA